AAAAGUGAUCUCGAUCAGUACGUUCCAUCGGUUCGCGUCGAGAUACUACUUCUAUAUCGUCUUGAUCGUUUUCCUCCUUUUCUCCUUUUUCUCCUUUUCCUCUUAUUUUUCCUCCUUGUUUAUUUAUUCAUCGUUUUUCUUUUCUUUUCCUUAUUCCUACAUCUAAUUCGAAUCCAAUCUCUCGUGAGAAAGUGAAAUUAGAAAGUGUGAAGUUAGAAAUUAUUCGUAAUCAUGCUUAAAGUACAAAUGUAUAACAACAAUUUUAUAUCGAAGGGUUGUCAACCAUGCGGUUAUACCUUCCUAGGAUCGUCGCUCGUGGUGGAGCCAUCUGUGGCCAGCGGUGCGAAGAAACGGGGUAGCGUCACCGCCGCCCUACCAGAAUCCUCGCUCGACCAGGUCGGCAACGGAUGGCGCAGCGGUGCCGGUGCUAAAGUCCUAGUAAGCAACCUCCCAGCAAAUGUCAGAUUGGACGAAUUGGAACUACUUCUGUUGAAUUACGGACAGGUCCAAAACGUAGAAAAGGUGUCCUCGCGCGAUCCUAAUACACUGUCCUACCUCGUCAGCUAUGAGACGCUAGAACAGGCACAGCAGGCUGUGAACCAAUUUAAUGGCUAUGAAUACGAGGGUAACUCGUUAAAGGUGGAAAUGUCUUCGGCGGAAAGCCGACGAAGAGGCCGCAGCCAACGCGGCGGCGUUGCAUUUUCCGGUCUUCCGGGAUCCGGUCGACAAACGGACUUCCCUCUUCGUAUUUUAGUACAAUCGGACAUGGUCGGCGCUAUAAUCGGUCGACAGGGUUCAACGAUACGUCAUAUCACUCAAAUGACGCGGGCUAGGGUCGACGUACACCGUAAGGAUAAUGUCGGUUCCGUCGAAAAGGCAAUAACUAUUUAUGGCAAUCCAGAAAAUUGUACGAACGCAUGCAAGAAGAUCCUAGAAGUUAUGCAACAGGAGGCAAUGAACACGAACAAGGGAGAGAUUAUUCUAAAGAUUUUGGCACAUAAUAACCUUAUCGGACGUAUCAUCGGUAAAGGUGGUAACACGAUCAAAAGGAUCAUGCAGGACACCGACACCAAGAUAACAGUUAGCAGCAUCAACGAUAUCAAUAGUUUUAAUCUCGAGCGCAUUAUCACGGUUAAGGGUACCAUUGAAAACAUGAGCAAAGCUGAAUCCAUGAUCUCGAGCAAAUUACGUCAGAGCUACGAAAACGACUUGCAGGCCAUGGCGCCUCAAAGCAUGAUGUUUCCUGGAUUACAUCCAAUGGCUAUGAUGUCCACCGCUGGCAUGGGAUAUAGCUCGCGUGGAACAGCCCUUUACGGCUCCGGUCCCGCCCCAUAUCCCUACCAAGGUAGCCUGCCGACCCAGGGCGUACCCGCUGGUGAUACACAGGAAACGACCUUCCUCUACAUUCCUAAUAGUAGCGUCGGUGCUAUUAUUGGUACUAAGGGCUCUCAUAUAAGAAAUAUCAUAAGGUUUUCCGGUGCCAGCGUUAAAAUAGCACCGCUCGAACAAGACAAACCUGCGGAGCAACAAACCGAAAGGAAAGUCACCAUUGUCGGUUCGCCGGAAUCUCAAUGGAAGGCCCAGUACUUGAUCUUUGAAAAGAUGCGCGAGGAGGGCUUCGUUGCUGGUACCGAAGAUGUUAGAUUGACGAUAGAAAUCUUAGUACCAAGCGCUCAGGUAGGCCGAAUCAUCGGUAAAGGCGGUCAGAACGUUAGGGAGCUUCAGCGUGCAACUGGAAGCGUCAUCAAGCUAUCGGAACAACAAGCCACGCCUCCCUCGGCCGACGAAGAAACCACCGUCCAUAUCAUUGGGCCUUUCUUCUCCGUUCAGUCUGCCCAAAGGAGAAUUCGUUCUAUGGUGUUGCAAUCUGGUGCACCAGGAGGAGUGGGCGGUGUAGGCUCACGCGCUGGUCGUGGUAGCAGCCAAGAAGGUGGUUCCCGUUCCCGAAGAGACGGUAGUACCACGUCCCAACAAGGAGCAGUUGUAUCUCAACCGCAAUCGCAAUCAUCGACUCAGCAGCAACAAACGACGUCUUCGCCGUCGAGCCAACAGCAACAACAACAGCAGCAACAGCCACAGCAGCAGCAGCAACCAUCGCCACCACAGCAACAACAGCAACAACAGCCGCCACAGCCGUCAUCUCAAAAUCAGUAACCUCGAUGAAAAAAACUAUUUGUUCGAUGUCGCGACCAGCAACGCUUCGUAUAAAAAUCCAUUUUUUUUUUGUCGGGGUGGGGCCUCGUCUCUCAUCGAGAGGCUGCAUAAAAACCCCUCUCGCGGAGAUACGUACCCUUCGAGAUGAUGAUCCAUAUAGGGAAAGAGAUAGUAAGACUAAGAGAUUAUGAUAGGGAGAGAGUGAGAGAGAGAGAGAGAGAGAGAGAGAGAGAGAGAGAGAGAGAGAGAGAGAGAGAAAGAGAGAGCAGAACAAGAAAAGAGGACAAAACGCAUCUAUAAUAAUGGACAUUUUUGAAAUCGAUGAAUCGAUACAAUCAGAAUGUAACAUGCGUAACUUCGAACUUCUAUUACCUAAUUCUAAAACUUUCGAAAAAAAAAGAAAGAUGUAAGAAAAGAUGAAAGAAAGAAAAAGGAAAGCUCGAACGCGUUGCGUGGUCGUCCAAAGAAUAUUAUCGCCCAUUGAUCUCCAAGGAAACUCUCGUAAGACUUUAUCAUCGACUUUUUUAUCACUUUCUUUGUACUCACACUUUUCUACGGUUUUAAUGUAUUUUCAAUAUGUGUAUAUGUAUCUAUAUAUUUAUAUAUACAUAUAUACAUAUAUAUACAUAUAUACAUACAUUUUUUUUUCUAAUUUUUCAAAAACGCGUCAAUCACGCUCCUUGUCUAACGGGUCCGCGGCGAACACGGAGGAGCGAAGUUUGGCGGGUAACAAACGAUUAAAAAAAAAUUAAUAAAUAAAUAAAAAAAUUAAAAAAAAAAAAAUAAAAAAGAAUCAAAAAAAAAAAAAAAAAAAGAAAGAAAGAAAGAAAGCAAGAUAGAAAAUGAGGGAGUGCAGAAGAAGUGAAAAAGAUAAAUAAAACAAUGCCGAAACCAUUGCCGAAAUCAUUGCCGAAACCGGACGUGCGCCUAACGCGUAACUGCUACGCGAUUCGCUAACCAAUUGAACCGAACGUGUCGGACAAAGAGGAAACAUAAGAUUUUUUGCGAAGUAAAUAUAUGUAAGUUUAAAAGUAGAAA